AUGCUGGUCGUCUUUCAAUUUCUAUGGAUUCAUUUUUACCUGAAUAACUUUCCGUCUCUUUCGGAUAUUUUAGGUAUCUCCCAUCUGCGAAAACAACGUUUUUUUUUGUUUUUUUUUUUUUUUUAUCGUGUUUCAUACUGUCUUAUAUUAUUUCCUUCUUUCUUUUCUAUUUUUCUCUUCUUCUUUUCAUUUCUCCCUUUCUUUUUCUUCUUUUCUCUCUUCUUUUUCUUCUUUCAUGCCUAUCAACUUUAUCGCUUCAUUUGGUCUAUCUAUCUAUCUAUCUAUCUAUCUAUCUAUCUAUCUAUCUGUCUCCUAACAUUUAUUCUUCUCUUUCUUUUCAUCUUUUUUAUAUUUUGUUUUUUAUAUUUGGUCUCUUUUUCUUCUAUUUCUUUCUUUCUUUCUUUCUUUUCGUUUCCUUUACCUUUCUUACGUUACUCUUUUUCCUUUCUUUCUUUCUUUCUUUCUUUCUUUCUUUCUUUACUUUUUCCUACCUUUUUCUUUUUACGUUGUCUUUUCUUUUCUUUCUUUCUUUCUUUCAUUUUACUUUCUUUUCGUUUUCAUUACCUUAGUUUACCCUUUCUUUCUUUCUUUCUUUCUUUCUUUCUUUCUUUCUUUACAUUUUCCUACCUUUUUUUACCUUGUCUUUUCUUUCUUUCUUUCUUUCUUUCUUUCUUUCAUUUUUGCUUUCUUUUCGUUUUCAUUACCUUAGUUUACUCUUUCUUUCUUUCUUUCUUUCUUUCUUUCUUUCUUUCUUUCUUUCAUUUUUGCUUUCUUUUCGUUUUCAUUACCUUAGUUUACCCUUUCUUUCUUUCUUUCUUUACAUUUUCCUACCUUUUUUUACCUUGUUCUUUCUUUACAUUUUCCUACCUUUUUUUACCUUGUUCUUUCUUUCUUUCUUUCUUUCUUUCUUUCUUUCUUAAUACGCUUUUUUUCUGUUCCCUUCUUUUCCUUGUUCUUUUCUUUUACGUUCAUUUUUCUUUCAAUCUUUUGAUUUCAUUUCUUCAUGAACAUGCUUAUUUCUUUUUUUCUCUUUCUUUCUUUCUUUCUUUCUUUCUUUCUUUCUUUCUUUCUUUCUUUCUUUCUUCAAAUUUAAUUUUCGCUUUUUUUCCAUCAAUUAGUUUCGUUCUUUCUUUCAUUUUUCAAUGCUCAUUUCAACUGUUUCUUUUUAUUUCCUAUCGAAUAUGUUUCCCUUUUUCUUUAUUUCCUCAUUUCGUUCGUUCGUUCGUUUGUUCUUUCUUUCUUUCUUCUUUUCUUUCUUUCUUAACAUGGAUUCCCCUUUUUCUUUCUUUCUUUCUUAACUUGUCUUUCCCUUUCUCUUUGUUUCUUCCUAACAUAUUCUUCAUUCAUUUGAAUGUUUUCUAA